AUGAUUAAGAACGACGAUACUCGCAUCCGGCGGCGCAUAGUUCUCAAGGAGAGGUGCACGACGUUCUACGAAGUCCCGAAUUUGAAGAUAGCUUGCAAGAUUGGGAAGGACAUCGUCAAAGGGUUGAAUCUCUUGCGAGAAGCAGGCAUUAUCCACCGAGACAUCAGUGCGAGCAAUUGUUUGAUUUAUUUCGACGAAGAAAGGGAGAGUCACUGCGGGAAGAUCACUGAUCUGGAUUACUGCAAGGAAUAUCUUAAAAUCGGAGCUCAUGAUCCCAUCUCGGGCACGAAAGAUUUCAUGGCCGUCGAAGUGGAAAAGGGAUCAUUCAUUGGCCGUGCUCAUAGGAGCGAGGCACCCAAGCUGGUGUUUCACCGGCAUUACCUGCAUGACCUAGAGUCACUCUACUGGCUCAUGGUAUGGUGUGCCUUUGUCCUGGUUCCCGUCGACAUUCAGCAAGUCGAUGUGGAAAUGUGGGAGAAAGCGUUCUUCCAAUUAUUCCCAUUUGAGGCACCAGUGAAAUCGGUAUCGGGAAAAGGAUUGGCGCUCGCUUUCCCUGGCGAUUUGUCGUCAUCGCUGCAGGAAUGUGGAUGGGAUGAGAAUACCCUCGCUGCCUUGGAUGACCUUUUCAACCUCGGGAACGACCUCCGGAACGAAUAUGCCCGGCUUCAAAAGAUACCCCAGGAAGCAAGCGGCGGUCGUCGAUGGGCUCAGGAACACUUUAAUGCCGACAUAUACGGCAAGUUCUCCAAAGUCUUGGACAGCGUUGGAAGCCUGACGAACAGCAGACCAUGUGGAAUACCCGUGGGACCUGAUUGA